AACCCUCGGCCUCCACCAGCACUGUUGUGGACCAGCAGACGACAUACAGGAGCAGCUCGCCAGCAACAUUCCCACUCAAAAUGCAGACGUCAAACAACAGCUCUGACCCACGGAGAGUGGAUAAGAUUGUUAGGUACAAACCAUCAGCACAAGGGACUCCAGGGGCCCCUGGUGAAGAUCCAACUACUGACUACAUGAAUGUACUAGGCAUGAUCUUCAGCAUGUGUGGUCUAAUGAUGAGAUUGAAGUGGUGUGCUUGGGUUGCGCUAUACUGCUCCUGCAUCAGCUUUGCCAACUCGAGAGUCAAUGACGAUACGAAACAAAUGCUCAGCAGCUUCAUGUUGUCCAUUUCUGCAGUUGUGAUGUCCUACCUUCAAAACCCACAGCCAAUGCAACCUGUCCUCUUAAAAAGAACGUCGCUUUUGGCCGUUUGCCCGUAUGGCCGAAUUUGGACGUAAUUGGAAAAUGAAAAAAAAAUUAAAAUAAAUUUGG